CACAUUGAAUUCUUUCCCUACUGGAGAAUGACGAUGAAUGGUGAAAUUGAUGGCACAGUGCACGCAGUUUUGGUACCCUUUCCUGCGCAGGGCCACGUCAACGCUUUCAUUCAUCUCGCCGAUCUCUUGGCCUCACGGGGUUUUUUCAUCACUUUCGUUAACACAGAAUGGACUGAGAAACGCAUGUUUGGAAGUGCAAAGCACAAGUCGCAACUGCACUACUCCAAACCCAAUUUCCGAUUUUUGUCAUUCCCGGACGGCUUACCCCCGGAGCACGGCCGCACCUCCCAACUGGGCGAGCUUGUUACAACGCUGGCAAAGCGUGGAGACGCCUUGGAGGCCCUCCUCCGCACUCACACUGGGAAUGACAUUCCUCCCGUCACCUGCAUCGUAGCAGACUGUUGCAUGUCGUGUACCGCAUCGGUGGCCGCCAAUAUGCAACUGCCAAGAGUCGUCUUCUGGCCUAUUUGUGCCGCUGCCUCUAUUGCUCAGAAGUACGCCAAUUCUCUCCUUUCCCAGGGCCACAUUCCUAUCAAAGUGAGCGAAGGAAAACGUCUGGAGAAAAUGAUCACUAGUUUACAGGGGAAUAUACCAGCUCUAUGGCCCAGCGAUCUGAUAUCGUUCUACCGCGAGCAGUUUACAUCUGAUCUCCUCUACGAAGCAUUUCUCUUUGAGUCACGAAUGUGUGACACGGGGGACUAUGUGCUUGUGAACACCUUUGAGGAAUUGGAAGGGAGAGAGGCGGCAGCGGCGCUUUCCAUCAAUGGGCGUCCAUCUUUAUCAAUAGGCCCUGUGUUUCUCCCUAGCUUUUUAAGAGGGGAGAACUCAACGCAGAGCAACUUGUCUAUGUGGGAGGAAGACGAUAGCUGCUUGCACUGGCUUGACAAACAAAGCCCGCGCUCUGUGUUGUAUGUUUCCUUUGGCAGCUUGGCCCUCAAAUCGCAAGAGCAGUUGGAUGAGCUGGCACUGGGUCUGGAACAGAGCGAGUAUACAUUUCUGUGGGUUCUCCGCUCCGACAUUGCUCAGGGGCAGGCCGCUGGUUUGCCCGAGGGACUGAAAGAUCGAAUCAAAGAUCGGGCGUUGUUUGUGAAAUGGACGCCGCAAUUGAAGGUGCUUGCACAUCCUUCGGUGGGAGGAUUUCUGACUCACAGCGGGUGGAAUUCAACAGUGGAGAGCAUAAGCAUGGGAGUGCCCAUGAUUGGCUGGCCUUAUUUCGGUGAUCAGUUCCUCAAUUGCAGAUUCGCUAAAGAAAUAUGGAAGGUCGGGUUAGACUUUGAGGACGUGGAUGUUGACGAUGAGAGGUUGGUGAGAAGAGAAGAGAUAAAGCGUGCAGUGGUGAUUGUGAUGGAGAGCAAGGAGUUGCACAAGAAAGCCAAGGAGCUGAAAGAGGCGGCAAUGAAAGCAGUGAUGGCAGGAGGUUCUUCUUUUAACAACAUGACAACGUUCAUCCACGAUAUGCUCAAACAUGCCAAAUCACAGUCACAGCCGUCUUCCGUGCACUGCGAGGAAACACGCGAAAAAGAUGACAAUAUUCACUAGAAUUGUUUUGUCUGAUUCGUUGUUAUGUAGCGCAUUUUGAAGCUGGUGGCAUUUAUGAUAUUCGUUGUCUGAUAGGGAUGAAGUUUUUAUUGAUUGAUAAGCUAAAUGCUUAGCAGACCGCCGACCAUUCAAACAGCCUCUUCUCCACCGCUUGUUGCAGACCGUUUUCUCCUUUACCUAAAAUAUAAUCCUAUUACCGUCUUAUCCUUAUCUUCACCGCCAAAGUCCACCGACGGCAGGAGCAACUCAUAUUCUAUCCUGUUGUGUUACACUUAGUCUUCUAUUUGCGAAGUUUAUGCGGUUUUCAGUGCCUUUUAUAAUACUAGCACUUGGUAUCUUUUUUAUUUCUUUUUCUCUUUCUUUUUUUUUUUCUGCUUGCAACAGAUGGUUGAUAGGCUGGUAAGUCUUCUAUUUGCGAAGUUUAUGCGGUUUUCAGUGCCUUUUAUAAUACUAGCACUUGGUAUCUUCUUUAUUUCUUUUUCUCUUUCUUUUUUUUUUUUUUUUCUGCCUGCAACAGAUGGUUGAUAGGCUGGUAAGUCUUCUAUUUGCGAAGUUUAUGCGGUUUUCAGUGCCUUUUAUAAUACUAGCACUUGGUAUCUUCUUUAUUUCUUUUUCUCUUUCUUUUUUUUUUUUCUGCCUGCAACAGAUGGUUGAUAGGCUGGUAAUUUUCAGGUUGAUUAUUGUAUUAAUAAGAGAAUAAUAAUAAAAAAAAUGUUAAAAGUUUU